GAGGCAGCAGUGCCGCUGACACGAGUGAAGGGACCCCGUGGCUGUUUCCACCACCGCUCUCUUCUCACAGCUUAACCUGCGCCUUUUCACACGGACUCCGACAUCGGGACUAGAGGCUAUACACUCACCCACAUUUUGAUUUUGGACUCGUUUGAUUAAUCAGCAGACCCUGAGGUGGAGGGGGGUUCUUAUUGCCCCCACCGUGGACCGAGGAGUUGUGUGUGUUUGUGUUUUACGCGUUGCUUGUAAUGGGGAAAAGUGGACAGAGAAGUGGAAUAGGACACGGGGGUUUCGGCUUGGUGAGGAUGUGCGCCACGCCGGGGAUCCUGUUCCUCCUGGUGCUCACACACCGAGGAGUCGCCCAAGUGAGAGAUGAUGAUGAUUUUCUGAGUCUGAGCGAGCUCCCAGAAACCUUCCCCUCCGAUCCUCCAGAGCCCUUACCUCACUUCCUGUUUGAACCCGAGGAAGGCUACAUUGUCAAAACUAAACCCGUCAAUCUAUACUGCAAAGCAACACCCGCCACGCAGAUUUACUUCAAAUGCAACAGCGAAUGGGUCCAUCAGAAAGACCACACCGUCGAGGAGCGGGUGGAUGAAAACUCAGGCCUGGUAGUGAGAGAAGCCAGUAUAGAAAUUACACGGCAGCAGGUCGAGGAGCUGUUUGGUCCUGAAGAUUACUGGUGUCAGUGUGUGGCCUGGAGCUCCGCUGGAACGACCAAAAGCCGCAAGGCACACGUCCGUAUUGCAUACCUGAAGAAGUCAUUCGAACAGGAACCCCUGGGAAAGGAAGUAACUCUGGAGCAGGAAGUCCUGUUGCAGUGUCGCCCUCCAGAGGGCAUACCAGCUGCUGAGGUGGAGUGGUUGAAGAACGAAGAGAUAAUUGACCCAGCAGAGGACAGAAACUUCUACAUCACCAUCGACCACAACCUGAUCAUCAAACAGGCCCGUCUGUCAGACACAGCCAACUACACUUGUGUGGCUAAGAACAUCGUGGCCAAAAGACGAAGCACUACAGCGACAGUUAUUGUUUACGUAAACGGCGGGUGGUCCACAUGGACAGAGUGGUCUGUGUGCAACAGCCGUUGUGGGCGGGGCUUCCAGAAACGAACCCGCAGCUGCACAAACCCCGCCCCUCUCAACGGAGGACUGCCUUGUGAUGGACAGGCAAUUCAGAAACUGCCCUGUACCACACUGUGCACUGUGGAUGGUGUGUGGACAGACUGGACUAAGUGGUCGGCCUGUGGGACGGAGUGCACCCAGUGGAGGAGGAGGGAGUGCAACAACCCAGCACCUAAAAACGGAGGAAAAGACUGCGAUGGGCUGCUUCUCCAGUCUCAGAACUGUACCAAUGGACUCUGUAUGCAAAGUUCAUUGUUUCAGAUGUCCACUGAGACCAAAGCAAAGAGUGAUAUGGGAGUCCCAUCUGCUCCAAAUACAGAUGAUGUGGCGCUCUACGUGGGCAUUGUCAUCGCAGUGAUUAUGUGCCUGGUCAUCUCUGUCAUCGUGGCACUCUUUGUCUACCGCAAGACACAUCGUGACUUUGACUCGGACAUCAUCGACACCUCAGCACUAAAUGGAGGCUUCCAGUCAGUGAAUAUCAAAACAGCCAGAUCAGCUGAUCUACUGACGGCUCCUCCUGACUUGACAAAUGCAGCUGCCAUGUAUCGAGGUCCAGUGUACGCUCUCCAUGAUGUUUCGGAUAAAAUUCCAAUGACCAACUCCCCUCUGCUGGAUCCUCUUCCCAACCUGAAGAUCAAAGUGUACAACUCUUCAGGUCUGGUCACACCGCAGGAUGACCUCGGGGGAGAUUUCACUUCCAAGCUGUCUCCUAAGGUAACUCAGUCUCUGUUGGAUAACAGUGACACCAUGAACCUUCGCAACCAGAGCUUGGCCCGAACCCGGGACCCUUCCUGUACUGCUCACGGUUCCUUCAACAACCAGGGAGGACACCUCAUUGUACCCAACUCUGGUGUGAGUCUGCUUGUUCCAGCGGGGGCUGUUCCUCAGGGGAGGGUCUACGAGAUGUAUGUGACUGUGCACAGGAAGGACAGCUUGAAACCACCAGUAGAGGACAUCCAGACAGUGCUAAGUCCGGUGGUGAGUUGUGGACCUCCAGGAGCCCUGCUGACCAGACCAGUAAUCCUCACCAUCCACCACUGUGCCGACAACGUCCACGAAGACUGGCUCAUACAGCUGAGAAACCAACUGGCCAUGGGAGAGUGGGAGGAUGUGGUUGUUGUGGGAGAGGAAAACUUCACCACCCCCUGCUAUGUGCAGAUGGACUCUGAGGCAUGUCAUAUCCUAACAGAGACACUGGGGACUUACUGCCUGGUGGGGCAGUCAAUCUGCAAGGCAGCCGCCAAGAGGCUCAAACUGGCUGUUUUUGGACCUGUCUCUUGCACGACUUUGGACUAUCACAUCAGGGUCUAUUGCUUGGACGACACACAGGAUUCACUAAAGGAGGUUCUUCAGAUGGAGACCCAGAUGGGAGGAAAGCUUCUGGAUGAGCCAAAGACCCUGAACUUUAAAGACAGCACACACAAUCUGAGACUGUCAAUCCAUGACGUGCCCCACACACACUGGAAGAGCAAACUCAUCGCAAAGUAUCAGGAGAUCCCAUUCUACCAGGUGUGGAGCGGCAGUCAGAGAACGCUUCACUGUACCUUCACCCUGGAGAGACUGAGCCCAGCCACCACAGAGAUCAGCUGCAAACUGUGUGUGCGGCAGGUGGAGGGAGAAGGACAGAUCUUUCAGCUCAGCAGCACAUUGGAGGAGGAUCUCCAGUGCAUAGACACGUCCCUGAUGGACCCUGCCAGUAAUAUCACCACUUUAGUUGGACCCAAUGCAUUCCGUAUUCCCUUAUCCAUCAGACAAAAGCUGUGUGGCAGUCUGGAUGCACCACAAACCAGAGGCAAUGACUGGAGGAUGCUGGCCCGCAACCUCAACCUUGACAGGUAUCUGAACUACUUUGCUACCAAGUCCAGUCCCACAGGAGUGAUCCUGGAUCUGUGGGAGGCCCAGCACUUCCCCGAUGGAGACCUAAACGAACUGGCCGCUGUGCUGGAGGAGAUGGGCCGCCAUGACGGCAGCUUCUCCAUGACAACAGAACAGUGAAGGAGCAACGUGGUUACCUUGAGAACGACAGAACUCUGAAGACGAUUACACGUGAUUCCCCACGGUCGAUGCUGCAGCGGUGGGCAACAAUGAGGAUAAAUGUUCAAGCUGGUGCUGAAGACUGUGUGUAUCUGUGUGUUUAUAUGACCAGCGUUGGAGUGUUGUGUGUGACCGAGGGGAGAUAUAACCCAACAAAAAACGAAGUAUAUCAGGAACAAACAAAACAUACACACACCUGAAAAAAAGAUCUUGUCUGGUGUAACACUAGUUGUUUUCUUGCUGUUACUUUAUAGUGAACAAAGAGAAGCAGAGAAAAGAGGCAGUGGAGGCACUGACCUUGAAGCCUAUAGCCAUUCUAUAGGAAUGGAACAGAAUCAUAAAAGGAGGGAAGCUAAACUAAUUACAAAAGAGUGGGUGAAGGUAGAGUGAGGAAAAAGAGGAGUGAGUCUGAGAGGAGACUCUUCAGUUAGAUAACAGUAAACACAUGGAGAUGCUAAACUGAUUACAAAAGGGAGGGAGGACGUAAACAUGAAAUGAUGGCCGCAGGUGAUCUUCUGUACCAACAGGAUGGAAAACAGAUAAUGAGAGGGGAGAAAAUGAAGUGAUCCCUCACCUGUGAGCCUUGUCUGUACAUGUCUCGCCAGUACAGUUUGUUGUCUUUAUAUCGUUUCCUAGGGAACGCUAGAUGUAUUCUGCUGUCCAUAUGUGUGGAUCAUUUCCAUCUGACAGAAUUUAUUACCCAGUGACUCUCAAUCAAAUGGUCCUUACCAGAAACAAGCACGACACUUCAGGUUUCUCCAUUGUUGGCUGACAUAAUAAGUUAUACAUUAGGUAUCCAGUGUGAGGCUUUCCUCCAAAUGCAUGGAAGAUAUUAAAUCUUCCAAGUAACAGGAAGUCUAGAUGACAUAAGUCCAGGUAAGUUUACUUGCUGUCCACUUGCAUUUAAAUUGUACUUUUUUAUUAAAGGCAAUACAAAGAUGAUUACACUCCAGAUGGAUGCACGCAACAACUUCUUUUUAGUUGUUCGUUUUCCGCAGUGGAUGGUUGUCUCAGACUUGUGAAACUGUCUUUCUUGAGGCAUAGUUAAUAUCACACUUAUGAUAAACAGAUAAAGAGGACAAAGAUGCAGACUUUAUGAAAAGUACAGUAUUUUAUAAUCUUUAUGUGAAUGAGACAGCAAAAAGGUUUCUUACUUACUUUUGAAGUUUCACUAUGAGCAUGAGUGCAGGAGUGAUCUUCUAGCGACAUGCAUCCCUUAAAUAAAACCAAGCGUUUACUAGUUUUCUAAAGUGUGGCUGCUGCUCCCUUUUGCCCCAAAGAGGAGUUGUCUGAACGAAGCUGUAGUGCAGAUGCAGAAAAGCUGCAGGCUUGGGAAUUCCAGCCAUGGCUACCACAUUUGGUUAACCACAACCUCAGUUCCAGAAGUCUCUCUGAAAGACUGUCAGGCUUGUUUCUGGACAGGGUCCAACUAAGAGAGAACUGAGAGAGGGCUAAAAGGGAUGAAACUCAAAGUGUAUUAAAAUACACUUGUAUAGAAACUACCAUAGUAUUAUGUGAUACAGUUGAUAUUCAUAAUCGCAAAAGAUACACAAUAUACUGAUUUUCAUAAAUCCUUUUUUUAUUUACUAAAAUAUAUAUAACAUAUAUUUCUGUCAUAUCUUCGGGCAUCUCAUCAUCACAGGAUGUCAGUUGUGUUGUCUGCCUUCAGGGUACAUUGUGUUGAUUCACUUGUGAGCUGAUCAUGGUCACUAGCACCCUCCAGUGGAUUUGGAAGAAUAACAGCAUUUACAUUUUUGAUCGUUUGAAACGUGUAAAUACAUGAGUAUCAUGUUCAUUCUAAUUACCUUUAUUACCAUAAUAUUAUUUUGUUCCUCUGUCAUUAUUAUUUGACUUACAUUGACAUUGUUAUUUCUUAUAUUUUUGCCAUUUUAAUGUUUUUAUGGGUGUGAACUGUAUGGGGGGAUGAAAUCUGUAACAUAUCAGUUAGUUGCCCUUUAUCUAAAAUAAUGUUCUGCAGCAACUAACAUUCCAGCUCAUGGUGUUUUCGUUGAAAAAGUUGCAAAUUAGAGCUUAAAAUCAAGAUACCAACUAAAGGGGCCGACUGUAUGUAAUAUAAAGUGUAAUUUUGUGUUUUGCAUAACAACGUUGUGAGGAUAGGCUGGCGUUUUAAUGUGUGCAUAGACUUGGGUCAGCAGUGUCUGAAGAAAAAAAAAAAACUGCCUUAUUUUUAGUGGCUUUUAAGUAGAUUUCUUAUGCCCCUGGGGACACGAACCACAUUGACCAUGUUAAGGACAACAUGAAAAUUCAGUUCAAAGGGAAUACAGGUAAAAUCUAUGAAUCUGCUCUGAAUUAUGGAGAGACGCCAUAUGAAACUGAACAUCAGGUAUGUAGAGGAGAUACUGAGGAGGAUAUGUUAAAGAAAAGUGGGCAAAGGCUGAGUAAAUACCAGUACAAAAGGUCAGAUAUUUACCUUUUCAUGGUGUAUUUUUUCUGGUUGCUGUCCACGCAGGAAGAAACCUUAAGAUAUUGAUUUUACACAACAUUUCUUUUUAAAUAUGCUUGUAAAAAAUCUGACCUCUUGUAUUGGUGUACAACCUCGAAGACAUGCAGGCCUCAAAUUGAUGAGUCUUUUAAUUUUGGAUAGCCUUAUCAUCCAAAUUAGACCGUUAAAUGAUGGAGUGGAUGUUUUAUUAUGUUUCCAAAUGUAACUGCUGAUGUCAGGAAACAAAGGGAAGAGUUACGUUAGUUUUGAGGAUAAAAGCCUAAACAUUAAGUUUAUUUCAGAAGAAAAUAUGCACUCAAAAGUCAUGACAGUAUCUCUGUUUGAUCAUCAACAUCGCUUAGUUACUCAAAUGCAGAAUACAUGCUGAUUAACGUGUGCAAGGCGACGAUUGGUCAGGAGAUGUAAGAAACGUGUUACUGUGUAACUUGGCCCAUAAUCUGAUCCUCGCCAUGUUCUAAGUCUACGGUAUACAGCAGGUCAGACUGUUUGUUAAUGGAGUAGACUAAGGGUGGGGGUUUCAAGAGGAACGCAUACGUUGGGCCUCAAGAAAGUGAUCCUUCGUGAUGUGGAAAUUUAAAAAAGUAGUGUUAAGAUAUCAAAGUAUGUACAAAAUAUUUUGUAUCCACAAUAUGUACAGUUGUGUACUGUCAGCUAUAUUUGGCAAAUUUGAGAAUACAAAAGAAUAGCAGGACAGUUAGAUUUUAGUUUGUAUGUUUUCAAGUUUUUAUUUAAGUUUCUUUCCUUUUUUGUAAAAGCAGUGUCUACUAUGCAAAUUUGGCAUUGGUUAUCAUGAUAGAAGUCUAUAACUAGAGCUGUGCUUGUAAGUGCAUUUUUAUUUUACUAUAAGGGGUGUUUUGAUUAUUGCGGGGUAGUGUUGGUCCAUUUUUGCUAAUUCUGGCACGCUUCAUGAAUCUUGCUCAAUCUUGUUGUAUGCUCGCCUCUCUAUCUCCUCUAAUUGUUUUCUGUACAAAGUGUAAGAAAGAAUUUUUAAGACAAUUAAUAAAUUAUAUUUAUAAGCAACGCUGAUAA